AAUAGUAUAUUAUUCAUAAUCAAAUGAUGAAAUAAGUGGACGCUGAAUAAAGUAGCACUCAUUCAUGAUCAUAUAUACCAAUAGUUUGACACAAGAGAACUCAUUCAUGGCUCCUCAUCGGAAGAUAAUCCUCCCAGUAGCUGCGGUGGAUACAGAAGUGCCGCCACCACGGCCGCCACCAAAAACACCUCUUAUACCUCCAAGUUUCCCAAGAUCAGAAAAGGGUAGUCAUGUGCAGAAUCAUCAUCCUCCUCUAUUAGCACCACCAAAAAGAGGAACAAGCUGCUUCUGCAAGUGCAUUUGUUGGGCCCUAAGCUUAGUUUUUCUUCUCCUCAUUGUCUUGGGAGCAACUUUAGGAGCCCUUUACCUAAUUUUCAAACCAAAGCUACCCAAUUACUCGGUAGAAAGUCUAAGAAUAAAUGAUCUGAGGCUGAACUUGGACAUGACACUGUAUGCAAAGUUUGAUGUGAAGAUCAUAGCAAAUAACCCCAACAAGAAGAUUGGAAUUUACUAUGAGAAAGGAGGAAGGUUGAGUGUAUGGUUCACAAAAUCUCAGCUGUGUGAAGGGUCAUUGCCCAUAUUCUACCAAGGCCAUCAGAACAGAACAGUGCUUGAUAUGUCCUUAAGUGGACAAGCUGAAUCAGGAAGCACAUUGAUGAGUGCACUGCAAGAGCAACAACAGAGAGGAAUAGUUCCAUUGGAGCUUAUAGUGCAUGCACCAGUAGCUAUCAAACUUGGGAGUUUGAAGCUGAGGAAGGUCAGAAUCUUGGGGAAAUGCAUGCUGGUGGUAGAUAGCUUGUCUGCUAAUAGUCUGAUAAGCAUCAAGGCUAGUAACUGUAAAUUCGGACUGAAACUUUGAUUUGUCAUAAUCUUGGUUCUGUCUCAUUCUUUACGUAGAUUUUUGCAGUUUUUCAGAAUAUCGCUUGUUUUUAUAGUGAAAAAUAUUCUUUUCGGAAUAAUAAGUCUUCAUUCUCUUUUAUUUGGUACAA